AUGGCUUCGCACAAGAAGCACGACCCGCAGACACUCUUACUUCCCACCCACCACGCCACAGGAGUAGAAAGGCGAGUGACCGAAGACUCACUCUCGAAAUGCAAUCUUCAAGAGGAUUCACCACUCUUUGCAGUCUUGCCAGCAGAACUGCGCACGACCAUCUUCGAACUCGCAACUCAACCUUACGAUGAUCCUUCUCAUCCAUACAAAGAAGAGGACUACUACUACCGCCCAGGCCACCACACAAAGCCAAAAACCGACACCGCUCUUCUCCUGACCUGCCGCCUCAUCUGGCUCGAAACAAACCAUCUCCCCCUCCAUCAAUCCUGUCCAACAUUCUGGUUCAAAGCCGAAGAGCGGCGGCCAGAAUGGACACGCAGAGCACCAGUUUUAGGCAGCAGAUACUCCCUCCGUCGACCUAAGACGCGGUGGAUUACCGAGGAAGAGAGAUACAAGCGCUUUAUGGCUGGACUUACGGCUCAGAACGGCGAAAACUUGCGAGAGAUGCGCUUCUUCGGUCAAUUGGCGUGGUUGGAAAGUUGGCAGUUGACGUAUUUGCUCUCUUCGACGCAGCCGAUUCCGCCGAGGAUCGUUGUGACUGUGAGGCAUACGGACUGGUGGUGGUGGGAGAACGAUUCGGCUCUUGCGAUGGACAUUGAGUGGAUCUGGAGGUUGUUGAAGUUUAAUUCUGGCGUGAGGAAAGCGAGAGAGUUCGUGUUGGAGUUGGAGACGUUGGAUUUUAAGGUGGAUCAUUUGUUUAAGGGGAUUGUUGAGGGGAUUCAGAAGGAGUGUGGGGAGAUUGAGGGGUGGGUAUUGCAGGACGGUGCUGGGAAGGAGGUUUCGGAGUGGACGGGGCCGGCGACGAUUGGAGGGAGGGCAUGGGUGCCGUAUGUGUCGAGGACGGAGUUGAGGUAUAAGUUGUUUAGUUUGGUGUGGAAGCGGCAAGAGGAUGAGUCUCGUUGA